GACAGCCAUCCCCUCAUGGCCGCGGCGGGCGGGCCUGGGCCCAGCUGCGUGCUGGGCAUUGACCUGGGCACGACAUCGGUGAAGGCAGCCCUGGUGACAGGGACAGAGCGAGGGCUGGCGCUGGCACAAAGCUGCUGCAGGGAGACGCGGGCACACAGCGAGAGCCCGGGAGCUGCACCGCAGGGAAUGGAGCAGGAUGUCCAGAAAAUCAUAAAAGCAUUGAAUGAAUGCCUUGCUGCUCUGCCUCAGCAGCAGCUUCAGCAAGUCACCCACAUUGGUAUUUCUGGACAAAUGCAUGGGGUUGUGUUUUGGAAAAGUGAUAAAGGUUGCAAGUGGUCAGAGAGUGGCACAGGCCCUGCCUUUGAGGCAGAGCAGGUCAGCCCCCUGGUCACCUGGCAGGACGGCCGCUGCAGCCCCACCUUCCUCACUUCCCUUCCCCUGCCACAGUCCCACGUCAGCCUGGCUACAGGAUUUGGAUGUGCCACAGUCUUCUGGUAUUUAAAGAACAGUCCAGAUUUUCUGAAGGCUUAUGAUGCAGCUGGCACCAUCCAGGACUAUGUGGUUGCCAUGUUGUGUGACCUGAAGAAGCCACUCAUGUCUGUCCAGAAUGCUGCCAGCUGGGGAUAUUUUAACUGCAGAAACAAGAGCUGGAAUACUGACAUACUGAAAAAAUCUGGCUUUCCUGUCCACUUGCUUCCAGAGGUGGGAGACCCUGGCAGCAUUGCAGGCAGGACAACCCGUGCAUGGCAUGGAAUACCCAAAGGAGCAAAAGUAGGAGUUGCUCUGGGAGAUUUCCAGUGCUCUGUUUAUUCCUGUCUGACUGAGAGGACUGAUGCAGUUCUUAAUAUCAGCACCUCUGCUCAGCUGACCAUCUCAAUGCCCCUGGGUUUCCAGCCUCCAGAGGCACCAGAUCCUUCCUCAGCUGUCACUUACUUUCCCUACUUCAAUGGUGACUACUUGGCAGUGGCAGCAUCACUCAAUGGAGGGAACGUGCUUGCAACAUUUGUGGGAAUGGUGGCACAGUGGGCACAAGAGCUGGGAUUUCAGAUUGAGGAAUCUGCCAUCUACCCGAGGAUAAUCCAAGCAGCCUUGGCCCAAAAGCACAGCAAGCUCUCAGUCCACCCAACCCUGUUUGGAGAGAGACACCUUCCUGAGCUGCUGGCAUCAGUGAGUGGCAUUGGUGCCUCUGAGCUGUCCCUGGGCCAUGUCACCAGAGCCCUGUGCCGUGGCCUGGUGGAGAACCUGUGCUCCAUGUUGGCUGUGCAGCAGCUGGAGGAGAUGGGGGUGAGCAGGAUCCUGGGCAGCGGCAGCGCCCUUGCCAGGAACGAGGUGCUGAGGCAGGAAGUGGAAAGGAUUUUUCCAUUCCCUGUGGUUUAUGGGAAGGAUGUGGAUGCUGCUGUGGGGGCAGCUAUGGUGAUGUUUCAUAGUAAAUAAAGUCAUUAUUUGGAAUGGUCUGA